UAGGGAAUAUUUGAAGGCGUUUUGUUGUGAGAGAAGAUAGAUAGGGCGGUUUGGUUAAAAGAAGUGGCAACCGCAAAUGGAUUCCUUAGGUGAUAGCAGCUGUUGGGAUUUUCUCGAUUACUCUUUCAUCGAUCAAGCGCCCCCUGAUUUCCUUUGGCCCAAUCAUAGUUUGAGCACUGAAAUUGAAAUUCCAGAUGAUGCUGUUGCUUGUGAGGAGAACACCAAGAAGAGGGGGCGUACUGAUUCAUGCUGUAAGGCGGGAUCAAAAGCAUGCCGUGAGAAAUUGCGGAGGGAGAGACUCAAUGAAAGGUUCUGUGACCUGAGCUCUGUUUUGGAACCUGGGAGACCUGUGAGAACAGAUAAACCAUCUAUACUUGAUGAUGCUAUCAGAGUCUUGAGCCAACUUAAGUCCGAAGCUCAGGAACUCAAAACAAAAAACGAAAAAUUAUUAGAGGAAAUAAAAUGUUUGAAGGCCGAGAAAAACGAACUUCGUGAAGAGAAACUUGUUCUGAAAGCAGAUAAGGAAAGGAUUGAGAAGCAGUUGAAAUCCCUGGCCAUUGCUCCGGCAGGGUUUAUGGCACCCCCUGUAGCUGCUGCUGCUGCAUAUCAAGCAGGGGUGAACAAGAUGGCUCUUUAUCCAAACUAUGGCUACAUUCCAAUGUGGCAAUAUCUUCCUCAGUCUGCCAGAGAUACAUCCCAAGAUCAUGAGCUUAGGCCUCCUGCUGCAUAGUGUUGCUUCUGUUAUGCCUCUGCAUCAUUUCACAACACUCUCAAAGUAUUGACAUGUAAAUACUGUCAUUGCUUUGAUUCUUUUUCUCCCUUUUUACUUGCUAUAAUGUGCUAAAUAGUUUUACAAGGAAAACUACGAUGGCUAUGACAUGAAAACUAUUGAUGUCCAAUGUAAAUUGCCCAUUCUUUGCUUCA